AUGCUGUGGAGGAAGAGGGUCCAUCAUUCCCUCGUCUCCCAUUGUUUCCGGUCCUGCUGUAUCCCCACCGCCGGCGAUCUCCCCAGAUGGCUCCGAUUCUCCUCUUCGACCGGCGCCGGCGAAGCGCCACUGGCGGCGGUGACUCCGUUCCUGGUCGAAUACCUCGUCGACUCCUGCGGAUUCUCCCCCGCCGAGGCCGCCAAGGUCUCCUCUUCUCUCCCUCGAGUAGAAACCCUAGAAAAACCAGUCGCCGCCGUCCAAUUCCUGCGCCACAAGGGCUUCUCAGAGGACGACGUUAGGAGCGUCAUUCUCGGCUUCCCCAUCCUCCUCCGCCGCGAGGUCGCCAAAACCCUAGAACCGAGGAUCAGGUUCCUUCAGGAAGAGGGCUUCUCGAUCCCCGAGAUCUCUCGCCUGGUCUCCGCAAACCCUAGCUCCCUCCGUGUCUCCAACCUCGGAGAAAAGAUCGAGUUCUGGAGGAAGCUGAUGGGAACCAACGAGCGGGCUCUGAAGGUCCUCUCCGAGAGCCAUGUCCUCAACGCCAGCCUCGACAGGAAGAUCAAGCCCAACGUCUCCUUCCUGCGGGAGACCGGCCUCGCAGAGCACAGGAUCGCCAGGAUCUUGUCCAGGAGGCCCAGGCUGGUCACCUGCAGGCUGGAGACGAUCCAGUCCCUCAUCGACCAGGUCAAGAACCACGGCAUCGCCAUCACCACGGGGAUGUUCGAGCAGGCCCUCUACGCCCUGGCCAAUGUCAGCAAGGCCAAAUUCGAGGAGAAACUGAAGCUGUUCCAGAGCUUCGGGUGGUCAGAAAAGGACUUCCUCUCUGCGUUUCAGAGGAGCCCUUUGCUUCUGAGAGUCUCCGAGAGAAAGAUCCAGCAGGUGAUGGGAUUUCUGCUCGGAGAAGCUGGCUGCGAGCCUUCCUAUGUGGCCCUGCGCCCAGUUCUCCUCUCCUACAGCUUGAGGAAAAGGAUGAUGCCCCGCUAUUCCGUUCUCAGAGCUCUGAGGAAGAACAGCAUUGCAGCAGGGGAGAACGAUUUCCUGGGGACUGUGGUGUUGCCGGAGGGAAAAUUCGUCGAGAGGUACAUUCUCUCUUACAGCGAGAAAAUUCCAGGGCUCCUCGAAGCGUAUUCCAUGGCUGUUGCCGAGGGAAUCGAAAGAGAAGAACGAUCCUGA